UUGUGAAAACUGAGUGUCUUGCAGCCAUGCUCCCCAAAAGAGGCAAUGUGGCUCUCCUGAUGUCAGCUGUCCUGCUCAACUGGAUGAUAGACCCACACGCCUCGACUGAAUUACCGGAUGAACAAGGAAUGAGUCUGUGUGUGACAUCCAGGAGAGAAGUGCAGGAUCUGACACGUGAGAAUCUCACCAGUGUUCCCUCCAAUCUGUCCAACAACACCAAGUACCUGGAUUUGUCUUACAACCCCAUCCGCAGACUAAAUGGAGAUUCAUUUGUUAUACUGCCGAAUCUUUGUUUCCUUAAAAUGACCAACUGUGGAUUGGAAGAGAUCUCUGUUGACACUUUUGAUCGCAUCCCUGCACUCAAGGCUCUGAACAUGUCCAGCAACAAAUUACUGACCAUACCUGAGUUAAGAUUGCCUAACUUGAAAAUUCUAGAUUUGACUGGCAAUCCUCACCAAAGCUACGCCUUGCCAAGGUCAUUUGAGAGCCUGGAAGAUCUGGAGUUCCUUUCUCUUGGGAGCACAACUGCUCAGUCGGUCACGGCUGAUGACUUCAGACCCCUGCAGAGGAUCCCUUUGAAACAUUUUGCUUUGGGAGCAGGAAUUCCUUGGAAGAAAUACGAGGCUGGUGCUCUCCUGAAAUUGUCCUUCCAGAAAAUGUCCCUCAAUACUUCAUUUUGUGGUCAUUUUGAUUUGUUUGAUCGAAUCCUGAGGGAUUUGAAUGUGACCGGAGCAACAGCACUGAGAUUGAUCACCCUCUUUCCUGACAACUGUGACCUUGAUGUGGAUCCUCUGGAGAACUUGAGGACAAUGCCAAACUUGAAGAAUCUAACCAUAGAGAGCACCUGGAUAAACAGCUCCUUUUUGGAAUUAUUUUUGAAGAAUUUGUGGCUCUCUAGAAUUCAGCAUGUCUCUUGUGGCCACAUAACUUACAAUGAAGACACUCCGGAUGGGUUUCAGUUUAAAACCCUUAACCACUCCAGUCUUCGUUCAUUCACCCUUGAUGAUGUGAAGCAAUAUCAGUCAAGUAAUCCGACAUUUAACAUGAGCUUUGGGACACUUUCCAAUUUGACCUAUAUAAAGUUGUCUCCGAGUGGGAUGAAUAUUUUUCCCUGCAAUUCAAUCUUUGCCUUGCCGUCGCUGGAGACUCUUGAUGUAGCAAAUAAUCUUCUGACAGACCAUGGCUUCUGGUGGUACACUUGCUCAUACACCUCUGUGUUCCCUAAACUUAAACGGCUGUAUUUGAGCCAAAACCGCUUCCAGAGUCUGUCAUUCAUCGCAGGGAAGACGCACGAAAUGACGACGCUGGAGUUUCUGGACCUCAGCUUCAACUCCAUUGUCCUUGAUGAAAAAUGCAAUUGGCCGGCACAUUUGACGGAAAUCAGCCUGGCUAACAACAACCUUGGCAAUGACGUUUUCAAGUACUUGUCUAAAAGUUUCAGGAAGAUCGACUUGACAAAAACAGGCAUCACAACCAUGACUCAGAGCGACGUGUCUCUGCUUCCCAAUCUGACACAUCUGGUCCUCAGUUCCAAUGGUAUUGCUUUCAUCCCAGACUUUGGUGAAUCUUCAGCUGUGGUCAGUCUCUACAUAGACCAGAACUCCAUCACAUAUCUAUCCAAAGAGAUGAUGGACAGACUGCCAAGACUUCAGACUCUCAAAGCUGGGAACAAUCCGUACGUCUGCACAUGCGACUCCCACUGGUUCCUCACCCGUUUUGACAAAUCCAUCCUAGUGGACUGGCCACUGGACUACACAUGCAGCACCCCUCAGUCACUCACAGGCCUUCCACUUUCUGAGUUCAAAACCACGGACCAAUCAUGUUUAGUGUGGCUCCGGGUUGUCCUCGCUCUGUCUGUACUGACUGUCAUUGUGCCAAUGAUCGGCGGACUUUUCUACAAGUAUGACGUGAUGUGGUAUGCAAAGAUGUUGAUGGUAUGGAUCCGGAUGAAGAGACGCAGCAAGAAGCGCUCGCAAUUGUUGAUGAAUGUAUCGUUUGCUUAUCAUGGAUUCAUCUCCUACAGUCAUCAUGAUGCAGGUUGGGUGGACAACCAGCUGGUGCCGUGCCUAGAAAAUGCUGGGUUUUCACUCUGUGUUCAUGAACGCGACUUUGUCCCAGGUGACUGGGUCAUAGACAACAUCAUUAACUGUGUAGAGGCCAGCUACAAGACCCUGUUUGUCCUCUCCAAACAUUUUGUCCAAAGUGAAUGGUGUAACUAUGAGCUGUUCUUUGCUCAGCACAGAGCCAUCACUAUCCAGGAGGACUCCCUGGUUUUUAUUCUUUUGGAGCCGUUGCCUGAUGACUGCCUGCCCAGAAAGUUCUUGAGGCUGAGAAGUCUGCUGAGGCAACAGACCUACCUUGAGUGGCCCAGUGAUGAAACAAAGCAGCAGGUUUUCUGGGCAAGUCUCAAGUCCAUGCUACGUAUGGCAGACAAAUCUAUUGGUCUCAAAGAUGUGGCGACGGCUAUCUCAGACACAGCACGAGAAAUUACCGUGAAAGUCCAGAAAAGUGGCCCGACAUAUCAUCGCUUAAAGUAGAUUGAAACACACAUUUGCCUGCCUAAAAAAUUUUGUAAAUGAUUUUCUCUGUUAAUCUGACUGUUUGUAUCAACACAACUCUUGUACUUUUCAGUCCUUUGCAAAGCAGCUAGGCUAUGUGCAACUGAUUUGUUUUAUGCAAUGGUUUCAUACCAAUCUUAAGUCAUUGUUCAAUUUUGAAUUGGCCUUCUUGAUAGUUUUUCUUCAUGAAAGCUUCUUUGAUGGAUAUUGCCCUGUAAGUCGGCAAAUUCUCAAGAAAUGGUGGAUGAAGAAUGUUUGGAAUAUUGCUUUAUUUAUGGAGAAAAUGUCGCCAUUUGCUGUCUGUUUUGGUUAAC